ACCUACAGCAGGAGCCCGCGCCGCGGUGUCGCACUCGCUUGCCCUCCGCUGCGUCCUACCGCUAGCCGCUGCCCUCUUGCCGCCCACCAUGGCCCUGCUGCACUCCAGCCGCAUCCUCCCCGGGGUCGCCGCCGCGACUUCUGCCAGAGCCAGCUCCUGGUGGGCCCAUGUGGAGAUGGGGCCCCCAGAUCCCAUCCUGGGAGUCACAGAAGCUUUUAAGAGAGAUACCAACAGCAAAAAGAUGAACCUGGGAGUUGGGGCCUACCGGGACGACAAUGGAAAGCCCUAUGUGCUCCCUAGUGUUCGGAAGGCAGAGGCCCAGAUUGCUGCAAAAAAUCUGGACAAGGAAUACCUGCCCAUUGGGGGCCUGGCUGAAUUUUGUAAGGCAUCUGCAGAACUGGCCCUGGGCGAGAAUAGCGAGGUGCUGAAGAGUGGCCGGUAUGUCACUGUGCAGACUAUUUCUGGAACCGGGGCGUUAAGGAUUGGAGCCAAUUUUCUGCAAAGAUUCUUUAAGUUCAGCCGAGAUGUCUUUCUGCCCAAACCAUCCUGGGGAAAUCACACACCCAUCUUCAGGGAUGCUGGCCUGCAGCUACAUGGUUAUCGAUACUAUGACCCCAAGACUUGUGGGUUUGACUUCACAGGCGCUAUAGAAGACAUUUCAAAAAUACCAGAGCAAAGUGUUAUUCUUCUGCAUGCCUGUGCUCACAAUCCCACAGGAGUUGACCCUCGUCCUGAGCAGUGGAAGGAGAUAGCAGCAGUGGUGAAGAAAAAGAACCUUUUUGCCUUCUUUGACAUGGCCUACCAAGGCUUUGCCAGCGGAGAUGGUAACAGGGAUGCCUGGGCUGUGCGCCACUUCAUCGAACAGGGCAUUGAUGUUUGUCUCUGCCAGUCAUAUGCCAAGAACAUGGGCUUAUAUGGUGAACGUGUGGGGGCCUUCACUAUGGUCUGCGUAGAUGCUGAUACAGCCAAAAGGGUGGAAUCACAGCUGAAAAUCUUGAUCCGUCCCAUGUAUUCCAACCCUCCUCUCAAUGGGGCCCGGAUUGCCUCGGCCAUUCUGACCACCCCGGAUUUGCGGAAACAAUGGUUGCAAGAAGUUAAAGGCAUGGCAGACCGCAUCAUUAGCAUGCGGACUCAGUUGGUCUCCAACCUCAAGAAGGAGGGCUCCUCCCACAAUUGGCAACACAUCACUGAUCAGAUCGGCAUGUUUUGUUUCACCGGUCUCAAGCCUGAACAGGUGGAGCGGCUGAUCAAGGAGUUCUCCAUCUACAUGACGAAGGACGGCCGCAUCUCUGUGGCAGGGGUCACCUCCAGCAACGUGGGGUACCUUGCCCAGGCCAUUCACGAGGUCUCCAAGUAACUUCUCUGGUGAGAAGGAACAGAGACAACCUGUCUGUCUUCAGCCUCUGCUGCUGUGAGAUUCAUAGGAAAAUGAGGGAGGGCGGAUGGUGGCGAGCAGAUCCUUUCUUUCAACCACAGUGCUGAGCACUCAGCCGUUGAAUGUGUUUUCGCAGAAAAGAACAUGUAGCAAAAUGGGGCGGAGGCAGCCGUGGCUGGUGUCUGGAACUUUGUGGCUCCAAAACCAAACUCUUCCCCCAUCCUUUUAUCUCCAGCUUUUCCAAAAGAGUUUACAUGUUACAAGAGUUACAAAGAGGUCAGAGCCAAAAAUCUGUCAGUCAUGCCAUUGCAAUAUCUCAGAAGCUUUAACCGCAGCAUCUUGUGUGCCGAGGGUUCCUCUGUUCAUCCAGCAUGAGAAAUAGCACUUACUGGAGGCGUUGUGCGAAGACCUAGUUCUGACGUUGACAGUCGGCCUCACGUUUGUUUUUCCCAAUGACAGACCGCGGUAUAGAAGACAUGUUUGAUGAAAACCGUUGAAUCCACUGCCACUGCGGCAAGGCAAAUAAAUAUGCCAUCUCCUGUCUUAUUUAAGAAAAAAAAAGAAGUCUCCCCUUUUUAAUGUUCGCAGGCAUUUUAAUGCUCCUCUCUUAUUUAUCCUGAAUCAUGGCUGUUCUUCGCCUUAGGCACAAAGACCUGUCACUAGCCUAGAUUCUCAUCCCCUUCUGCUGCUCUAUUGGCCCAUCCACCCCCUGCUGUCAGGAUUUACUUAUUUCAAGUAUGAAGAACAUAAUUUAAUGCACAUGUCGUACCCUUACCUGGAGAAGAGAUAACUGCACUUUCACUUCGGCAUCCUCUUCAGUCAUUGUUGGAUUAUCCCCUGCCUCUGUCCAUUUGGACGGCCCACCUUGCUUGAAUCUGGUUGUGCAGUCACUCUUCUCACAGUGUGAGCCAGGCAGUGCAGGUCAGGACCAGCAGAGGGGACGUUCUGGGCUUUGCUUUUCACCUGUGUGUGCUGGCAGUCAGGCUCAGGCUUCACCCUUUGGAAAGAUAACCACCAUCUGCUCUAAUCAUGUAGAUUUAUUGCAGCCUGGUUUCUCUGUUACAAUAAAAUCACUGUAGACCCAA